AUGUCCACCCCCAACUCUCACCCGCCGAGAUCGCAGCACAUCCAGGGGAGCAGCCACGAUGUCUACUCCAACGCGCAGAUGGAUGCGUCAGCACCACAGAGACAUGGGAAGGCAGACGUUGUGAAUCAGCACGCUGCAAGAACGAACGCUGAGGUUGGCGUCAGCUUUCCUUCUGCUACUAACGAAGCAUCAUCUACAAUCCCGACUAUAUUUCAUUCUAACACGAUUGCGCCGUCCCCGCCCCCAAACCGCGCCUCACCCCCUCCAGAUAAUAACUCGAGUCUCGCCCCGCUCGAUACGACCGCGCGAAACCCGACCUCAGAUACCCAACAUCCAAGCCCAUUGAGUGCAGGCUUACGAAUUCAGACCGAUAUAAUACCAAACUACACCGUCACUGCCGCGAGCGCCAACACCGCGACGAGAUCGUCGGCCGACUCGAUGAAAUCCCACUCCACCUCGAGGAAUAUACCUAUUCAACCUGUGAAACGAACCCCGAGUAUCAAGAAUAUAUUGGGUACUAGCAUGGGAAGCAACUCGGGGUUUGCAUCAACACCAAACUCAGCAUUGUCUUCUCCUAUGCUCAAUGCGUUGGCAGAUGUAACACCUCUACCUUCUCCACUUCUGUCAGCAGAUUCCCCUGGACCAUGGAAGAAGCUUGGGUCGAGACCUGGAUCAAGAGAUAUGAAUAUCCCGUUGACUUCGAAUUCGGCGUUGGUGACGGCAAAUGGCGAAUCAUUAUCCGCUGCGAUAGCAAACCAAAGCAAGAGGAAGGCAUAUCAAGGACUGGCUAUUAGUGCUGGAGAGCCGGUACAUACAAAGAUGGGAAGUGAGCAAGAAAAGGCUAUUGGAGGACACACAAGAAACCGUAGCGUGAGCGAAUAUAACCCCGAUUCGAUGCACGUUCCAAAGGCACGCCAUGUCGCUGUCUCGGGAACCCACAAUGUGUCAUUAGACGGGCAGAACGAUAGAGUCGUGGACACAAUGCGUAGGGAACCGAAUUUGGCGGUUCAGCGAGGUCUGGCACCUGUUCCUAAACCUCCUACCCCACCAUCAAGUCGGACUGGCGGCGAGAGUAGUGAUAGCGAUUCCUCGUUAUCAAGUACUCGUGUAAAAACACAAAGGAAGUCUCGUUAUGAAUUUUUUGAAGCAAAUACACGCAAGGAUUCGAAGAGAAGAAGAUGGAGAGCGUUGAAGGUGCUGGGUCAAGGUACUUUCAGUAAAGUCGUACUUGCGACUAGCCAGGCACCGGAAGACGAUACUAUCGAUGAGGAUCAUGUGUUUGGACAGCCUAUGGAAGGUAUCAUGACGCCUGUUCAAGAGACCAAAAUUGAUCGCAAGAAGCUCGUGGCGGUGAAAAUAUGUGAGCAUGGGCCAAAGGGAGGCGCCUCUGAGGAACGUGUCGAAAUGUCGCUGAAACGAGAGUUGGAGAUUAUGAAAUCGAUACGCCAUCCAUCGUUAGUGGAUCUUCUGGCCUGGAGUAUCGAGGAAACUCGUGCGAUAUUGGUUCUAAGCUAUUGUGCUGGUGGUGAUCUCUUCGAAGUGGCAAGCCAGCAUAGGGAUCUACUCGUCCCUGGAUUAUUAAGAAGGAUGUUUUCUGAGCUUGUUGGAGCGUUAGACGUCCUGGUCAAUCUUCCACCAGCAGAGUUAUCACGCACGGUCGAUUGGGCAACAUACCCAUAUUCCGUAGUCACACUCACAGAUCUUGGCCUCUCGCGACGUGUAGCCGAUGAUGAAAAACUUACCACCCGCUGUGGCUCCGACGACUACGCAGCACCCGAAGUCAUAAUGGGCCAACCCUACGACGGCCGCGCCACCGACGCCUGGUCCCUUGGCGUCCUUCUCUACGCCCUCCUAGAAAGCAGACUCCCCUUCGACCCGCACCCCAACAUGCCUGAAAGCCACAAACAACGAUCCCGCACUAGCCAUCGCAUCGCGCGCGUCGAGUAUCGCUGGAUCGAAUACGCGGGCGACGAGGGGGAUCACGAAGCGGAUCCUGAGAAGUUCAAGCAGAGGGGUCUGGAGGGCGCGAUGGUCGUCACGGAGAAUCUGCUUAAGAGGGCGAGGAGUCGGUGGACGCUGGAUAGAGUUGCGGAGUUUGAGUGGGUUAAGGGCGGGGUUGCUGUUGAGGGGGGGAUUAGGUUUAGAGAGGAUGAUACGCCGGAAGAGGUGGUGGAGUGCGGGAUGGGCGUGAUGAGUCCGUUAUAA